UUCACAAAAGAAAACAGCAACGCCCUCAUUCAAAGAAUGGGGAUGACGGUUGUAAAGCAAGUUUCAGAUGAACUGUUGGCGUGGAACGUGCUGAACUCGGAGGAAGUCCAGAUCAUUUGCUGCGAGAAGGUGGAGCAGGAAGCAGCAAGGAAGAUGGUGCACAUGAUCCUGAUGAAAGGCCCGGAGGCCUGUGACCUCUUCCUCAAAUCCCUGGAAAGGUGGAAUUUUCCUCUGUUCCAGGACUUGAACGGACAAAGUCUCCCCGGCCAGCCGUCGGAAGCAGCCCUGGACGAACUGGCGCAGGAGCUGAAGGACUUGUACCUGGCCCCGUCCUUCCUGAACUUCUACCCGCUGGGCGAGGACAUCGACAUCCUCUUCAACCUGCAGCGCACCUUCACGGAGCCCGUGCUCUGGCGCAAGGACCUGUGUCACCGGCGCGUGGAGCCGCUGAGCCUGGGCGAGCUGCUGCUGGGCCUGCAGAGCCCCUGCAUCCUCGAGGGCGAGUCGGGCAAGGGCAAGUCCACGCUGCUGCAGCGCGUGGCCGUGCUCUGGGCGUCGGGCGCCUGCGCGCCCCUGGCCCGCUUCCAGCUCGUCUUCUUCGUGCGCCUGCGGGGGGCCCGGGCCGGGCUCUACGACACGCUGUGCGCGCAGCUGCUGGACCGGCCGGAGCGCCUGCCCGCGCGGCCCUUCCUGGCCCUGCUGCUCCGCCUCGGGCGGCGGGUGCUCUUCCUGCUGGACGGCUACAACGAGUUCCGAGCCCAGGACUGCCCGGAGCUGGACGGGCUCAUCCGGCGGAACCACCGCUCCAAGCACGCCGUGCUGGUCAGCACCACCCCGGAGGGCCUGGGCCGCAUCCGCCAGUGCGGCGCGCUCACGGCCGAGGUGGGCGACAUGGACGAGGCCAGCGCGCGCGCCCUGGUCCGCGCCGUGCUGGACCCCGAGCCCGCGGCCGGCCUGCUGCGCCAGCUGCAGACGUCGCGCGCGCUGCGGCACCUGAUGCGGACGCCGCUCUUCGUGGUCCUGGCGUGCGCGCUGCAGCUGGGCCGCCGCCAGUUCCAGUGGAACACGCCCACGGCGCUCUUCGGCGCCUUCUACGACCUGCUGCUGCGCAAGCUCCGGCACCGGGGGCCCCGCGCGCCCACGGGGGACGUGGCGCGCAGCCUGGCGCGCUGCGGGGACCUGGCGCUGCGCGGCGUCCUCUCGCGCCGCUUCGACUUCGACCUGGACGACGUGGCCCGCGCGCACGAGCCCCUGCUGGUGGCCGCGGGGCUGCUCUGCAAACACACGGCGCAGCGGCUCCGGCCCCGGUACCGCUUCUUCCACCAGGCCUUCCAGGAGUACGUGGCCGGCCGCCGGCUCAGCGAGCUGCUGGCCUCGCCCGACCCCGGGGACGUGCGCCGCGCGCGCGGGCUCCUGCGGCAGAUGGGGGGCAUGCGCGACAUCACCUGCAGGUACCGCAGCCUGCUCCUGUACACCUGCGGCUCGUCGGCGCGGGCGGCCCGCCAGGUCCUGGCCCACCUGGCGGACGUGCAGGAGCAGGGCCCCGAGCCCGGCCCGCCGUCGCCGCUGCCGCUGUCGCCGCCGCCCCCCGAGCAGGACCUGCGCGGGGCCAGGAACGUGGAGGCCUUCGCCGAGCUCGGCGUGCACCUGUUCCGCGAGAGCCCCGAGCAGGAGGCGCUGGGCCGCGACUUCGAGGCGUUCUUCCGCGGCAAGAGCCUGUGGAUCGACUCCCGGCGCAUCUCCGACGAGCUGAUGGAAUUCUUCGAGCACCUGCCCAACUGCGCCAGCGCCCUGGACUUCGUCAAGCUGGACUUCUCCGGGGCGCAGGCCCAGGGCACGGACAGCCCCGGGCAGGCGGGCAGCUGCAUCCCCAGCCGCGCCGUGUCUCUCUUCUUCAGCUGGAAGCAGGAGUUCAAGAACCUGGAGGUCACCCUGCAGGACUUGGGCAGGAUGGACAAGAGAGACGUGAAGUACCUGGCCAAGAUCUUCAGCUCGGCCGCCAGCCUCAGCCUGAAGGUCAAGCGCUGUGCUGGCCUGGCUGGCCACCUCGGCGCCGUCCUGCGGAGCUGCAGGUAUAUCCGGGCGCUCGCGGUGGACGCCUGUCCCCUCACCCCGGAGGACGAGCAGAGCAUCACGACUGCGGCCAGCCUGGAAACGUUGCGGAUUCACGCCAUCCGGACCUCUCGGCUGCCAGGUGGCCUGACUGACAACGUGGGUAACCUGAAGAACCUCACCACGCUCGUGCUGGAGGACGUUCAACUGAACGAGGAAGAUGCUGUGGAGCUGGCGCAAGGCCUAACAAAACUGAAGAAGAUGCUGGUGCUAAAUUUGAGCAGCUUGCCUGAGAUGGGGACGGGAAUAGAUCACAUUGCCAAGUCUCUCUCCACCCAGCCUCGGGAUCUUGAAGAACUGCGGCUAGUCUCCUGCUGCCUGUCGGCCAACGCCACCAAGACCCUUGCACAGAAUCUUCACAAUUUGGCCAGACUGAUCGUUCUUGAUUUAUCUGAAAAUCACCUGGGAAAGAAUGGAAAUGAAGCUCUACAUGACCUGAUUGACAGGCUGAACAUUCUGGAGCGUCUGACGGAGCUGAGGCUGCCGUGCGGGAGUGGCUUCCGAGGGGCCCUGCCACGCCUCCUGCCGCAGCUGGAGCACACACUGCAGCUCACCACGCUGGGGCUGAAGAACUGGGAACUGACCGACGCCGAAAUGGGGACUCUAGGUGCGUUUCUGGAGCAGACUCCUCUGAAGCACUUGCAGCAGCUGGAUCUGGCGGGAAACUGUGUGAGCAGUGACGGAUGGUUUGCCUUCCUGGGCGUACUGGAGAAUCUUGAGCAGUUGGUGUCUUUUGACUUCAGCUCUGAGAGCUUCCUGCCCGAUGCCCCACUGGUCAGGAAACUCGGCCGUGUGCUGCACAGUUUAACUUCUCUGCAGGAAGCCAGGCUCGUUGGGUGGGAGUUUGAUGAUUAUGAUCUCAGUGUUAUUAAAGGCGAUUUUAAACUGGUCACUUCUUCGAAAGAGUGA